AUGUCAACGACGGCGACGAGCGCCACCGCCUCAGCUUCCUCCACGGUCUCACCCGCGCAGUCCAAGAGCGCGACCGCCCUCGCGCUAGGCAUCUCUCUUGCAGUGGUUGCGAUAUUGGUCGUUGGCGGGCUCGCGGUGUACUUCGUACGGCGGCGGCACAAGGCGAAGCGGGAUGCGGAGAAGGCGGACGAGAUCUCCGCGCACAGACGGACGUACAUGGUGUCAGUCGACCCGAACCACCUCGCUGCUCGCGUCACGCCAUUUGGGGUGGACGCGCCAGAGCUGGAGGUCCCUAAAUUUGUUCAUCAACCAGGGCAGAACAUGCGCGUCGCGUACCGGCGCUCAGAUGGCGGGUGGGAGUUUACAGCUGAACCCACCCCUAGCCAGUCACUCGACCUUACGCGGGAUCUCACGAUGUACUCCCGGACAAACACCAAGGAGAAGAAGUUGAGGCCCGGAGAGCUCACUACCCGCGGGUACGUCGAGCCCGAUGUGGAGGGUAACCCGCCUCCAGCAUAUUACCACGACGGGAGCCUGUUCAGCGACAGCACUGGCCACUAG